CAUUCCUGAUUUUAGUGUUAUGACUUGUGAUUGCGAGUGAAGUGAGAACUGAAAGGAAAAAAGAGAAAGCUAGAGUAAAUCGCAGGAAUUAACAACAAAUAAAUAAAUGAUGUUACGUCCGUCAAGGACUUUGGUGACAGCUCUUCAGCGUGUCAAAGACUGUUGCCCAAUAUUACGCACUGUUCGACAGCGUUCUGAUGUCUCCGAAUUUGAAUCUCCAAUUACUGAUGAGUAUAAAAGGGGUCCUGCAGAAGGGCGAUCUCUUUAUCUUGAUGCACAGGCGACAACACCUAUGGACCCAAGAGUAUUGGAUAAGAUGAUGCCAUACCUAACAGCGUACCAUGGUAAUCCUCAUUCACGGACACAUAUGUAUGGCUGGGAGUCUGAAGCAGCUGUUGAACAUGCCCGUCAGCAAGUAGCCGAUUUAAUAAACGCAGAUAAAAAGGAAAUAAUUUUCACAUCCGGUGCUACUGAGUGCAAUAACAUUUCCGUAAAAGGAGUUGCUAGAUUUUAUAAAGCCAAGAAAAAACACAUUGUGACGACUCAAACAGAACACAAGUGUGUAUUAGAUUCAUGUCGAGCACUUCAAGCUGAAGGAUUUGACGUAACAUAUCUAUCUGUUAAUUCAAACGGCUUGAUUGACUUAGAGCAAUUAGAAUCAUCAAUUAGACCUGACACCUCUCUUGUAUCGGUAAUGACCGUCAAUAAUGAAAUCGGAGUACGACAACCUGUCGAAGAAAUAGGAAAAAUUUGUCGACAAAAGAAAGUAUUUUUCCACACAGAUGCAGCGCAAGCGGUGGGAAAAAUUCCAAUAGAUGUACAAGCGAUGAACAUUGACCUAAUGUCGAUGAGCGGCCACAAAAUAUAUGGUCCUAAGGGUGUCGGUGCUCUGUACGUAAGAAGAAGACCCAGAGUUCGUGUAGAACCGAUCCAAAGUGGCGGAGGACAGGAACGAGGCAUGAGAAGUGGUACUGUGCCUACUCCGUUGGUUGUGGGACUCGGUGCCGCUUGUGAAUUGUCUAAAAAUGAAAUGGAAUAUGAUAAGAAACAUAUAACACAUCUUGCGAAUCAUUUAAUCGAGAAGAUAUCUUCAAAUUUACCUCAAGUAAUACGGAACGGUGACCCGGUUGCUUGGUACCCAGGAUGUGUUAAUUUGUCUUUCGCGUACGUUGAAGGAGAGUCUUUGUUGAUGGCACUGAAAGAUAUUGCUCUGAGCAGCGGUUCUGCUUGCACGAGUGCCAGUUUAGAGCCUAGUUAUGUCUUGAGAGCUAUUGGCGCUUCCGAAGAUUUAGCACACUCGAGUAUUAGAUUUGGCAUUGGUAGAUUUACGACACUCGAAGAAAUUAAUUACACUGCUGAGAGUACAAUUCGUCAUGUAAAACGUCUCCGAGAUAUGAGCCCACUUUGGGAGAUGGUUCAGGAUGGAAUCGACUUAAAGACAAUCAAGUGGACUCAGCAUUAAGUUUUUUACUUUAAGUUAUCUUAAAAAUUAUGGCUUUUUAUUUAAAUAAAAAAAAAAGCUUGCACCAAGGAUUCUCAAAAUUAUCUCAAAAUGCUUAAGAAUGUAAAUUGUAUAUUUGUAAACGAAAAUUGUUAUUCAUUCCUUGUUUUCGUAAAUAAAAGUACUUUUAAAGUGA